GCAGAACUGGGGGCACAGGGUACACUUCGCAAACCGGAAGUAGUUGUAUCCCGCAUUAGCGAUAACAGCACCGCCGUCGUGUUGUGGCGACUAAAACGCAAAAUCCAUGGGCAUAAGCACAUUUUAAACCUGCAACGAAUUUCUGACAGCCUUCUACACACCAUGGCGCCCCUGCUGUUGAGGCACCUGGCUGCCUCCCUGUCUCGCCGAGUGGCCCAGAUGAGCGGGUUAAACAUGACCUUCUCCUCACCGGCAGCUAGUGCGUACAGACGUCUCUUCACCCUCACCACAGCUCCCCGCACACUGCUCCUGUCACCAGGGACUGUGUCCGGGGCCAGCCCCAUCCAGGCCCCACCGUCCUCUCAGUGCGGACCGUCUUUGUUGGGACAGUGUCGGCAUCUUCCCUGCAUCCAGCCAUCAGCCGGGAUGAAAACCAAGUCUGCCCUGAAGAGGCGCUGCAAAGACUGUUUCUUUGUCCGACGCAGGGGACGUCUGUUUGUGUUCUGCAAGACCAGUCCCAGACACAAGCAGAGGCAGGGCUAACUGAAUCCUGAGAAAUUGCUUUGUGAUAGUGAAUAUAUUUACAAAAACUGUGCUGUAAUAAUAAAAUUGUUGCCUGAA